CGGGCGUUUUCCCUGAACUUCCCGAGCCUCAAAUCUCAGAUUCUGGUCCUGCAAUUGCGCGACGAUCCUGUAUCUCCGGCUCUUGACCACCCCGCCAUUGGACUCUUUUGUCCCUCGUCUGCCACUCCUCUCAGUCUCUCUCACCUUUUACCGUUCUCUUCUUUUCCCGUGGCUUUCAAGAUGCACGCUACAGCGACCCGUGCCGUGCUUCGGCAAUCGCAGUUCCUGACCCGGAGGACCGCUGUCAGAUACGCCUCUUCGAGCCCGGAGUCUGCUCAGAAGGCUGGCGAGGCUGCCUCCUCCGCUGCCUCCAAGGCCUCUGAGGGUCUCUCUCGUGUCACAUCGACCGCUGGCCCCGCUCUUUCGAAUGCCGCCCAGGGUGUCGGCAGUGCUCUGAGGAAGGUUGGUGGAAGGACCGGAAAAGUCAUCGCUUUCGUCGAUUCUAUGAUACCCCCUACCGUCUACUACAGCAAGGUCGGCCUUGAACUCGCCAAGCUUGUUUUCCGUGGACAAAACAUGACUCCUCCCAACCUGGCCACCUUCCAGUCCUACUUCCAGCCUCUGAUCAACGCUUUCCGCAACCCUGCCGCCCUCAAGAACGCCAACUUCAUCUCCCCUCAAGAUAUCGUCGCCCGUGUCCGCGGCGCCAACAAGAAGGAACUCGCCCUGGCUGGGGUGACCCUUGCGGAGGUGAUCGGAUUCUUCACCGUUGGUGAGAUGAUCGGUCGGAUGAACAUCGUCGGCUACCGGGGCCACCCUGAGCACCACGGAGACCACUAGAUCAAUCGCAAGCACUAAUACAUGGCCUGUCUUUUAUAUUUCCUUAUCUUUUCUGUCUGCGUUCUGUACUAUUGUAUGAUAGACGAUGGAAUUUAACUGUUGUCUGAGGUAAACUACGCGCUUUUGGGGGAUCCUUUCUUCUUAUCCUUUGGAUGUUUGAUAUCCAGGGGUAUUAUGCAUGUCGAUUGUUGGUCUUCUCAAGUGUUGUUUUCCUUUUGUGUCAAAAGUGGGAAGUCGUAUAGAUGUCCGUCCAAUCUUCUACUAGACAUGCGUUAUCUGAAUUGAAUCUUGACCACCUAGA